GGUGCUGUUGGCGGUUUUGGUGGGAUCAUUGGACAGCGCAUGGGCGCUUGAGCGAGGAUCACGAUCCGACACGAUGGGAAAAGACAUGCAGCAACAGGUGUCAGCGCAUCGCCCACACAUUCUGUUUGUGGUCGUGGACGAUCAUGGUUGGAAUGACUGCGGCUUUGCUGGCACGCGCGUGAAGACACCGACCAUCGACACCCUCCGAUCCGAAGGCAUCGCCCUCAACCAACACUACGUGCAAAAGGUGUGCAGUCCAACGCGCGCGGCGCUCAUGACCGGUCGAUACCCGCACCGCUACGGUCUGCAGUUUCCGUUUUGCGGCGGCGCUGCCAUGGCUCUCAACAGCAACGAGACGCUCUUGCCACAAUACAUGAAGUCUGCUGGCUACACGACGCGCGCUGUCGGCAAAUGGCAUCUUGGGUUCACCGAGUGGCAGUUCACGCCAACGUUCCGGGGAUUCGAUUCCUUCUACGGAUUUUACUCUUGUGCCGAAGACUACUUCUUCCACGGCCUCGGCUUCAAGAACAGCUCAGGCGCACACGUGAAGUCUCUUGACUUCCAUGACGACGCCCGCCCAUCCUGCGGCGCAGACUGCUCAAAGGCUGCGUUUGAGGCUGUUGGCACGGACUGGCAACACUACAGCACCACCCUCUUUGCCGGUCGCAUUGUCGACAUUGUCGAUGGCCACGACCCCUCCCAACCGCUCUUCCUGUACUUUGCAUCCCAGGACACCCACAAUCCUGGCGAGGUCCCACAGUGCUACAAGGACAGGUACAACACGACCGUCCCCGAUCAGGUGCGGCGCAAGCUUGCAGCCAAGCUCACCACCGUGGACUCCGCCCUCGCAAACAUCACUGAGGCGUACAAGCGCAACGGCAUGUAUGACAAUCUCCUCAUCGUGUACACGGCGGACAACGGCGGGCCCAUCACCGUCCAGUCCGGACCAAACAAGGGCAAGCAAGAGGACUCCAUUGGCUCGUCCAACUACCCCCUUCGUGGCGGAAAGCACAACGCAUAUGAGGGCGGUGUGCGCUCCACCGCAUUUCUCUCCGGUCCAGCACUCAAGACACUCGCACGCCUUGUUCGCAAGUACCAGUACAAGCUCCACAUCGGCGACUGCGGCCAAUUUCAUCGCCCAGGCGACUGGUCCAAUCCGACACCGUGGACGAACGUGACGGCCUCCAAGCCAUCCACGUACUCGGGCUACCCGUACCAGUUGUUUGAUGUGAUGAAGGACCCGAACGAACGCCAUGACCUGAUCAACGACACCGCAUACGCACACAUUGUGGAUGAGCUCAAGGCCAUCUAUGAGCGGGAGCGGGCUGUUGCACACUACCCCGAGACGCGCGGCCCGCCAGGCAAGCCCGUGUACAUUCAGGACCCAAACCCGCUCAGCAGCUCCAUGCCCGUGUGGCUGCCCUGGCUCAACGGCAGCGAGGUGCAGUUCCAGGGCCCAGCUGUGGACGUGGCUGUCUUUGACAUUGAUCACGAUGGUACUGUGUUUCCGCGCGACAUUGUCGUCAACGAACUGCACACGUUUCAAGACGCCGAGCACUUUCCCCAACAACAAGAACAACAACAACAACAGCUGCGGCAGCGGCCUUGA